AUGGUUCCACAUCAACUUAUUGUCGAAGCUAUUGCCGGAAACGAUUCUUUGGGAACUAUCGCAAUUGAUGAUUUUACAUUUACAACAAGUAAUUGUUCAAUUCGACCAAUAGAUACUACAGUAUCAACAAUUGGAACAACACUUCCAUCAACACUAUUAACAACAACUACACGAUAUACUGACCCUCUAACAACAACUACAUCAUCUACAGAUUCACUAACAACAUCGUAUAUAGACCCACUAACAGCAACCACUAGAGUGUCUGCAACUGAAUCUAUAGGAAUAGUAACUACAAUAAUUGAUACCGCUCGAACAACUGAAGCUACAUCUUCAGGAAUGCUAACGACAACAUCUAGUAUAGCUCAAAUAACUACAACUACUUAUACUGAAUGUGCUCAAUAUGCUUGCUUUAAUGAUGGUAUCUGUAAACCAUCAUCAACACAAGUUCGUAAACAAAUAUGCGAAUGUAAACCUGGUUUUCAUGGUCCACUAUGUGAAAAUAAAGAAACAUCAUUGAUAAACAAUAAUUUGGGUGCUAUCUUGGGUGGAGUUUUUGGUGGACUUACUGCUAUUGCUUUGGUUAUUGUUGGGUAUAUCUAUCUUUCGUCGAAAAAGCGUGCAGCGAGAAUUGCAGCUACAAGUGCACAAUUAACUAAUUCAUUACCAAAUGGUUCAACGAAAAAUCCUGCUUACAACGAAACCCCGAUAACUGAUGCUUAA